CCCAGGUGUCCUGGCCUCAGCUCCCCCUUAGGAUCCAGCUUUCUCUGGCAGAACAUCUCUUAGGGAAGAAAAACAAGACAGAAGGAAACGCUCCCUCAGUGUGAGAUCUCUCUGCCUUCCCUGGACCUGAGAUCUCUCUGUCUUCUGAGAGCCAGCUCUGCACAAGCAGGUGCCAGGCCAGUUUGCUGACCACCGAAGCCCCUUUCAAGGAGAGAGCCUGGAACCAGAGAGGAUGGCUCCAGGGACCCAGAGACCCUCAUCCCGGGAGUUGGUGACAUUCAAGGAUGUGACUGUGGAUUUCACCCAGAAGGAGUGGCACCUCUUGGACCAUUCUCAGAGAGAGCUGUACAAGGAGGUCAUGCUGGAGAAUGUCCAGAACCUGCUCUCUGUGGGACUUCCAGUUUCUAGAGAAGAUUUGCGCUAUUGUUUCCAGGAAGGGGAAUCACCAGGGAUGGUCGAGCACAAAGGUCCAAGGAACUCCUGUCUAGGUGGAGAGACCAGGUUGGUUGUGAAGAAGAUGGCUACAAAGGUAAACAUUUCUGUGGAAGAAUAUGACCAGCAUAGAUUUGAGAGUGAUGGUGCAAAGGCCUUUGGUUGGAACUCAGGUUUUAUUAGCCAUCAGAACAUUCACAAUGGAAAAAUGCUUUAUAAAUGUAAUCAGUGUGGAAUGACUUUCACAGGGGAAUCUCUUCUUGUGGUACAUCAGAGAAUCCAUACUGGAGAGAAACCUUAUGAAUGUUAUCAGUGUGGAAAGACUUUCACACAGAACUCCAGUCUUGCUAAGCAUCAGAAAAUCCACACUGGAGAGAAACCUCAUGAAUGUAAUCAGUGUGGAAAGGCUUUCACAGUGAGCUCCAGUCUUGCUGCACAUCAGAGAAUCCACACUGGAGAGAAACCUUAUGAAUGUGAUCAGUGUGGAAAGGCCUUCAACCAGAGAUCCCAUCUUGCUAAGCAUCAGAGAAUCCACACUGGAGAGAAACCUUAUGAAUGUCAUCAGUGUGGAAAGGCUUUCACAGAGAGAUCCAGUCUUGCUAAGCAUCAGAGAAUCCACACUGGAGAGAAACCUUAUGAAUGUAAUCAGUGUGGAAAGACUUUCACAGAGAGCUCCAGUCUUGCUAAGCAUCAGAGAAUCCACACUGGAGAGAAAGCUUAUGAAUGUAAUCAGUGUGGAAAGUCUUUCACACGGAUCUCCAUUCUUGCUGCACAUCAGAGAAUCCACACUGGAGAGAAACCUUAUGAAUGUCAUCAGUGUGGAAAGGCUUUCACACAGAGAUCCCAUCUUGCUGCACAUCAGAAAAUCCACACUGGAGAGAAACCUUAUGAAUGUAAUCAGUGUGGAAAGGCUUUCAGAGAGAGAUCCAGUCUUGCUAAGCAUCAGAGAAUCCACACUGGAGAGAAACCUUAUGAAUGUAAUCAGUGUGGAAAGGCUUUCACAGUGAGCUCCAGUCUUGCUAAGCAUCAGAGAAUCCACACUGGAGAGAAACCUUAUGAAUGUAAUCAGUGUGGAAAGGCUUUCACAGAGAGCUCCAUUCUUGUUGCACAUCAGAGAAUCCACACUGGAGAGAAACCUUAUGGAUGUAAUCAGUGCGGUAAGGCUUUCACACGGAUUUCCAUUCUUGCUGCACAUCAGAAAAUCCACACUGUAGAGAAACCUUAUGAAUGUAAUCAGUGUGGAAAGGCUUUCACAAUGAACUCCAAUCUUGCUGCACAUCAGAGAAUCCACAUGGGAGAGAAACCUUAUGAAUGUCAUCAGUGUGGAAAGGGUUUCAACCAGAGAUCCCAUCUUGUUUCACAUCAGAAAAUCCACACUGGAGAGAAACCUUAUGAAUGUCAUCAGUGUGGAAAGGCUUUCACAGAGAGCUCCAGUCUUGCUAAGCAUCAAAAAAUCCACAGUGGAGAUAAAUGUUAUGAAUGUCAUCAGUGUGGAAAGGCUUUCACACGGAUCUCCAUUCUUACUGAACAUCAGAGAAUCCACACUGGAGAGAAACCUUAUAAAUGUCAUCAGUGUGGAAAGGCUUUCACACAGAGAUCCCAUCUUGCUAAGCAUCAGAGGAUCCACACUGGAGAGAAACCUUAUCAAUGUCAUCAGUGUGGAAAGGCUUUUUCAGUGAGCUCCAAUCUUGCUGCACAUCAGAGUAUCCAUACUGGAGAAAUUCCCAGCGCGGACUCACAUCCGGACUGGGACGCGGGGGCCCGGGAUGCCCGGACAGAGGCACGUUUGCAGGGUCAGUGUGGCCGCGGCAUCGUGGACGCCGCUGAUCUGCUUUUCUGUCUAUUUCACAAGAGCCCGAUGACGUCAGGGCGGAUCCAGGCCGUGGUCUUGGCGAUUGCCACUGGGGUGUUUCAUUGUGGGGUGUGUGCGCGUGUGAGUGCGUGCGUGUGCGAGAGAGACUGUGUGUGCGUGUGCGUGUCCCCCGCGUGUCCCCCGCGCACCAUACGUCGCCUCGCUUGUGCCACCUGGUCCCACUUUAGAGUCAGCAAGAACCCUGGAAGAUCAGAGGAGAAGCAUAAGUGGAGAGGCCAUGGGGGCGGGGCUGUUGAAAGGCUCCUGGCUCUCAGUCUUCUUCCCCAGCUUGGUGCUCAGCCCCCCGAGCUGCGUCCUCUCCUUCCUGCUCCCCUGAGACUCCCGUUCAUGGAGUUGGUGACCUUUAAGGAUGUGGCUGUCCAUUUCACCCAGGAGGAGUGGCGCCUCUUGGAUCAUUCUCAGAGAGAGCUGUACAAGGAGGUCAUGCUGGAGAAUGUCCAGAACCUGCUCUCUGUGGGAUUUCCAGUUUCUAGAGAAGAUUUGAGCUCUCCUUUCCAGGAAGGAGAAUCACCAGGGAUGGUAGAGCUCAAAGGUCUGAGGAACUCCUGGCAAGGUGGAGAGACCAGGUUGGUUGUGAAGAAGAUGGCUACAAAGUUGAAGAUUUCUGUGGAAGAAUAUGGCCAGCAUAGAUUUGAGAGUGAUGGUGCAAAGGCCUUUGGUUGGAACUCAGAUCUUAUUAGGCAUCAGAAAAUUCACAAUGGAAAAACGUUUUAUAAAUGUAAUCAGUGUGGAAAGACAUACAUAGAGAGUUCCAGGCUUGCUGAGCAUCAGAGAAUCCACACUGGAGAGAAACCUUAUGAAUGUGAUCAGUGUGGAAAGGCUUUCAGAGUGAUCUCCAAUCUUGCUGCACAUCAGAGAAUCCACAAUGGAGAGAAACCUUAUGUAUGUAAUCAGUGUGGAAAGACUUUCACACUGAGUUCCAGUCUUGCUACACAUCAGAGAAUCCACACUGGAGAGAAACCUUUUGAAUGUAAUCAGUGCGGAAAGGCUUUUACACAGAGAUCCAAUCUUGCUGCGCAUCAGAGAAUCCACACUGGAGAGAAACCUUAUGAAUGUAAUCAGUGUGGAAAGGCUUUCACACAGAGAUCCCAUCUUGCUGCACAUCAGAAAAUCCACACUGGAGAGAAACCUUAUGAAUGUAAUCAGUGCGGAAAGGCUUUUCCAGAGAGCUCCAGUCUUGCUGCGCAUCAGAGAAUCCACACUGGAGAGAAACCUUAUGAAUGUAAUGAGUGUGGGAAGGCUUUCACAGGGAGCUCCAAUCUUGCUGCUCAUCAGAAAGUCCACACUGGAGAGAAACCAUAUGAUUGUAAUCAGUGUGGAAAAUCUUUCACAUGGAGCUCCAUUCUUGUUGCACAUCAGAGAAUCCACACUGGAGAGAAACCUUAUGAAUGUCAUCAGUGUGGAAAGGCAUUCACACAGAAAUCCCAUCUUGCUAAGCAUCAGAAAAUCCACACAGGAGAGAAACUUUAUGAAUGUCAUCAGUGUGGAAAGGCUUUCAAGGAGAGAUCCAAUCUUGCUGCACAUCAGAGAAUCCACCCUGCAGAGAAACCUUAUGAAUGUAAUCUAUGUGGAAAGGCUUUCACACGAAUCUCUAAUCUUGCUGCACAUCAUAGAAUCCACACUGGAGAGAAACCUUAUGAAUGUAAUCAGUGUGGAAAGGCUUUCAAAGUGAGCUCCAAUCUUGCCAAGCAUGAGAGAAUCCACACUGGAGAGAAACCUUAUGAAUGUCAUCAGUGUGGAAAGGCUUUCACACAGAGGUCCAGUCUUGCUCAGCAUCAAAGAAUCCACACUGGUGAGAAACCUUAUGAAUGUAAUCAGUGUGGAAAGGCUUUCACACGGAUCUCUGAUCUUGGUGCACAUCAGAGAAUCCACACUGGAGAGAAAUCUUAUGUAUGUAAUAAGUGUGGAAAGGCUUUCACAAUGAGAUCCAGUCUUGCUAAGCAUCAUAGAAUCCACACUGGAGAGAAACCUUAUGAAUGUAAACAGUGUGGAAGGGCUUUCACACAGAUGUCCCAUCUUGCUGCACAUCAGAGAAUCCACACUGGAGAGAAACCGUAUAAAUGUAGUCAGUGUGCAAAGGCUUUCACCCGGAGCUCCAUUCUUGCUGCACAUCAGAAAAUCCACACUGGAGAGAAACCUUAUGAAUGGAAUCAGUGUGGAUAGGUUUUCACACAGAGCUCCAGUCUUGCUCAGCAUUGGAGAAUCCACACUGGAGAGAAACCUUAU